AUGACACUCAAAUUAGAGCUAUCAAAGGAAGAGGAGAAGAUCUUCCUACGGCUUCUUGAUGUAGUCCGUCACUACCGCCUUGGCACUACGCUUCGCGUCGCCGGUGGCUGGGUCCGGGACAAGCUACUAGGGAAACAACCUACUGACAUUGACAUUGCCCUUGAUAAUAUCACGGGCCAGGAUUUCUCCCAGAAAGUCGAUGCCUACCUAAAGCUCAUAGGGGAGGGGGACAAGAAACGAGGAACCAAACUUAUCCCGUGCAAUCCGGAUAAAUCCAAGCACUUGGAAACUGCUAAGACGUACAUGUUCAACAAAGAAAUUGAUUUCGUCAACUUGAGGUCUGAAAAAUAUGCAGAAAGCAGCCGCAUUCCCACCAUGAAGGACGCCACUCCUGAAGAAGAUGCCCACCGCAGGGACCUAACAAUUAAUAGCUUAUUCUUCAACAUCAACGAUCACAUUGUGGAAGAUUUUACUAAAAGAGGUAUUGACGAUGUCAUCAAGGGCCUUAUUGACACUCCUCUAGAUGCCAAAGCUACCUUCUUGGAUGACCCACUUAGAGUUCUUCGGGCAAUUCGAUUUGCCGCUAGAUUCAACUUUACGUUAUCCGAUAGGUUGAAAGAAGCUGCUUCAGACGAAAAGGUGAAGUUGGAACUUGCUUGCAAGAUCAGCAAAGAACGUGUUGGGAAGGAGAUUGAUCUUAUGAUGUCAGGCGAACACCCAGCUGAUGCAAUGUCUUACAUUCGUGAUCUGGGGCUAUUUUAUAUUGCAUUUGCUUUCCCCAAAAAUUGCAGCCCUCCAGUUUUUGACAAUUGUGAUCGCUGUUGUGUUUCACACAUUGAAUCAGCUUGGAACUUUGCGAUUUCUGUGCACAGCGGAGUUUCCCAUCCCAUGCUGCUGGAUGAAGAGGAAAAGCUUUACCUCUAUAGUGCACUCUUUUUUCCCCUUCGAAGGAUGUUCUACUUGAAUAAAAAUUCAAAGAAGAUUGCUGUCACUAGCUAUAUUAUUCAGGAGUCAUUAAAGCUGCCAGCAUGUGUUGCGAAAUCGGUUCUCGACGUGCAUGCUGCCAGCAGAAAGUUUGCUGAUCUAGUGCUCCUGUUUGAAUCCAAUGUCGCUUCGCGAGUUGUCAGAGAUGAGGUGGAAGAUGCAUGUCAUGAUAUACCAAUGGACACAUGGAAGCGUGUUUAUGCAGGAGUCGUACUUAAUGAAAUAAAGGACUUAUGGCGGGUGGCACUUGCUAUAUCCAUUAUCUUUUAUCCAGAAGCUGAAAAUGCUGGCGGCACACUCAUCCAGCAGCAGGAUGAGCUGCAUCGGAGGAAAGAGCAGUACAUGAGAGUUGAGCGUUCCAUAACUGAUCUAGGUCUCAAUGAGGUCUGGAAGUUAGAGCCGUUGGUCAAUGGGAAGAUCAUCAUGCAAAUUAUGCAGAAGUCAGAAAGUCCACUGAUCGGAGAAUGGAAAAAACGUUUGUUCAAGUGGCAGCUCGCGCAUCCUGAAGGAAGCAGGGAUGAUUGCGUUGAUUGGUUGAACGGAUCGCAAUCGAAACGCCAGAAAGUAGAAUCCAGCACCUGA